AUGAAGCAGUGCACAUUAUCCCGAAAAUACAUUGGAGUCGCUUCCCUUUGGAUGGCGACCAAACCGUACCCGAUCAUCCUAAUGACCUUGAAUCCCUCAGAGAUGCGUGGUAGUUUAUAUGGAGUCCUGGCAACGGGUUAUUAUUGGCAAGUUACUUACGCCAGUGUUUCGACCAGCGAUUUUUCUCCAUCAACCCAGAGUCGGCUACCCGCCAACCCAUCCGCUACGGUUGGCAGAGACCUUGACAAAGUCCAGAGUCAAUCUAGUGCGGGCGCCGCCCCAACGGCCACUCAAACCGCAGAUGCAACCCCGGCGGGCGGCGGUUUUGAUUAUGCGGCAAAAUCCAAACAGAGAUCGACGGUAGCGCUCCCUGCUAGUCAUGCGUCCUCCCCUCAGCUAAGGGAAGAUGAGCACCACCAGACUCGGCUUUGGCAAGUGGGCAACAUGAUUAUCUCUGACCCUCAGGAGGCCAAAGAGUAUUAG